AUGUUUUUUUAUCAAUUUAUAUCAGUGGAAAUUUUAAUAGAAUUGUUUAAGCUAUUGAAUUUCUAUAAUAUUAAUCAGAUAUAUCAUUUAAAUUUAUGGAAUAUAAAUCAGUCACUUAAACUAUUAAAAAGUGAAAGCAUUGUUUUUGAUAUGGAUUUUGCAUUGAUUGAACAUGAAAUUGAAGAUGAUUUAUAUUUAAUUGAAAAACUUACUGAAAUUGUAGAUGGAUAUAAAGAUGGAAAUAUUGAAAUUGAUAGCUUAUAUGGAAAAUAUUAA